GGUAAAUCUCAGUGCCAGAUUCGAAAGAAGAAAAAAAAGGCUCCGAAUUCUGGCAUGUGAAAGAAGUGACGAAUUGUGCUGCCGGGGACCUCAGGGCUAGAGCUUUAAUGAGCGCCCAUUGCCUGCCCUGAAGUCGAUCGAUCUUCUCCGACCUCCUCUGGUUCUGAAGACGCCAUCGAUGGAUAGGGUCAUCUUCUACCUCGGCGAUGAAGGCGGCGUCGACGGCGAGGCCGGCAAGAAGAUAGUGAGCAUCAGAGUGCCCGAGGGCGGCCUCGAAGGCCUUCGGAUCGUCAUACGCAACGGGGGGAAAAGAUCGAAUGCGACGACGAGCAUGCUGGUACGGCCGCCUGGUGAGUUGGGAUUUCUCGAGUCAUGCUGCCUGUGCCGGAGGGAGCUCGACCCGUGCAAGGAUGUGUACAUGUACAGGGGAGACCAGGGAUUUUGCAGUGAUGAAUGCCGUUCUCGCCGAAUUCUACUGGACGAACGAAGAGAGCUGGAGGCGACUGCGAGAGAUAGAGUGAAGGGUCAUCGUCGUCGUCGGCAUCGGCGGCAUCGUGAAACGCCGAACAAGAUCUCCGAACCAGAUCUAAAUAGGAGGAUAUCGGCAGCGGUUUGAGCGACCGGCUGGGUUCUUUUUCCCGUUCUUCUUCUUGAUAUUUACAGGAGAAAUUAUGGCUUCGUUUUGACAUCGUUCUUCUUUCCGAGACUGUGAUUUAUACAUCAGAUCAAGAGUCGGACUUUUCUGCAGAAAGGGAAAUUGAAACGAAAGAGGAAAUAGAAACGAGCUGCAUCAAAUGCUGGCGGCUCCACCUCGAUCUGAAGUUUCAGACUUUCAGGUGAAAAAAAAAGUAGUACAGACCCUGAUCAAGAUUAUACGGUCGUGUUCCUUUUUCGUCCGCACAAAUAUUAAUGAAGAUCUCGCCAAGAAAAAACAAAAAUCAGCGUUUUGUAUCUGUCGAAAUGAAAAAAUUAAACUGAAAUUGAGUGAUCAAAAUUCCGAAUCA